CAGUUGUUUUAGCAUCCAGGUUGUACAAGUAGAGGAACACAGCGAAAACCAUUUAUAAUCAUGGCUCACGCUUGGGGAUAUGGACCAGCUGACGGGCCAGAGAGUUGGGCAGAAAGCUUUCCUAUUGCAAAUGGACCCAGGCAGUCUCCCAUUGAUAUCGUACCCACCCAAGCACAGCAUGACCCUUCUCUGAAGCAUCUCAAAUUGAAGUAUGACCCAGCCACCACCAAGAGCAUCCUUAAUAAUGGCCAUUCAUUCCAAGUGGAUUUCGUUGAUGACGACAACAGCUCAACUCUGGCUGGAGGUCCCAUCACAGGGAUAUACAGGUUGAGACAGUUCCAUUUCCAUUGGGGAAGCAGUGAUGACAAGGGAUCCGAGCACACUAUUGCUGGAACCAAGUUCCCUUGUGAGCUUCACCUUGUUCACUGGAACACAAAGUACCCAAACUUUGGAGAAGCUGCCAGUAAGCCUGAUGGCCUUGCUGUGGUUGGAGUUUUUCUCAAGAUCGGCGCUGCAAAUCCAAGACUUCAGAAAGUUCUAGAUGCCCUUGAUGACAUCAAAUCAAAGGGCAGACAGACUACAUUUGCCAACUUUGAUCCUAAAACCUUGCUGCCUGCCUCUCUGGACUACUGGACUUAUGAGGGCUCUCUGACCACCCCUCCUCUGCUGGAGAGUGUCACCUGGAUUGUUUUGAAGGAGCCGAUCAGUGUUAGUCCUGCUCAGAUGGCUAAAUUUCGCAGCCUGCUGUUCUCAUCUGAAGGAGAAACACCUUGCUGCAUGGUUGACAACUACAGACCUCCUCAACCUCUCAAGGGACGCAAAGUUCGCGCUUCCUUCAAGUAAACCCCAGAAUCGAUGCCACUUGCCUUCUGAUUAUGGUGCUUUUGACUGGUUGUUACUGAAACAUCACAGUAUUUGUUCUCGAUCCAGGCUUUUGCUUAAAUUGCAGUACUGAUAACAGGAAAGUUGAAUCUGAUCUUCUAAAACUGUCUGCGUUUGUCAUAAACGCCCAUGUUAUGAUUGCUUAACAUGAGAAAUAGUAUUUCGAGAUGCUAAAACAGUGGUUAGUUUCCUACUAUAUCCUGACGCUUUUAUGUAAACUGGAAAAAUAAGGAGACUGCUUUAUUUCUAGCUCAUUUUUUGACUGCUUCCCUUUGCAUUUUAUAGGCCAUUCUUUUAGCCUCUGCUGAAUUGCACUAUAAUUCAUGUUCUACAAUAGGAAAAUCGUCAAGGUUUUGUGUGGGUUUAUGGCAAUGUGUGACUGAUGAGAUGUGUUGAUGCUAAUAUACCUGCAGGAAAGCACUUAUUUACAGCAAUAUGUUGUUGUUUUAAAGUGAUUCCUUUUUCAUCAAGAGGAAUAUCAAGGGAUUAUAUUUUUAAAUUGUUUAUGAGAAUGUUGAAUCAAGAUCUCCUGCCAUAGAUAAUAUUAUUUAGAUAUUUCAGAAUAAAUAUUUAAUUGAGUAGUGUUGCAAACAAAUAUGAUAUGUAAAUCAGUAUCUAUUAAGAAUUUUAUCUGCAAUAAAUGAAUAUAUUUUAAA